UUUAGGUCCCAGGAUGGAGGAGCCGGUGGUGCCCAAGGUGCUGAAGGAGUUAGAACACCUAACCCCCAACAUCAAGCAGCUUCAAAGAGAGUACAACAGACACAAGCCCAAGUUGAUGAGGUUGUGGAUAUUAUGAAAACCAAUGUGGAGAAAGUUUUGGAACGGGAUCAGAAACUAUCUGAGUUGGAUGAUCGUGCAGAUGCAUUGCAGCAGGGAGCAUCACAGUUUGAACAGCAGGCUGGUAAAUUGAAGAGAAAAUUCUGGUGGAAGAAUUGCAAGAUGAUUGCUAUAAUGGUUGGAAUUGGUGUAGUUAUCAUAGUCAUUAUUGUUGAUGUGGGCCAUAAUUAUAGGAAUAAUUCUCAUAAUUGUUAUUAUCAUUGUUGUGUAUGCUGUCACUCAAAACAAGAAAACUUAAAAGUCAGUUGGUGUUUGCUUUUUUAUGAUGGCUGUGCCUAAUAUCAUCUAUUUGCAUCAUUUAAAGGAGUAAUAAUGUUGUAUGUGUACAAGAAGUUUAUUUGGCUAGUCUGCGGUUGAAAAACAUUUUAUCUUAAUUUGAUAUAUUAUUGAAUGUGCUGUUACAUUUAAGAGAAUUUCAAUCAUUUCAACUGUUUUUGUUAUUCUAUUCCAAGUAAAAUAAUUUAUCUGGCAGAAAAAUUUAUUAGCUUCUUGAGUUCUUAGUGGGAAAGAAGAGGCAAUGUUUGUUUUGUUUGUAAUGUACACUGAAGUUUGAAUAUUUUUUUCUUUAUCAUAUUUAACUGUAAUAAAUUCCCACUUUGUUAUAUUUUACUUUUAGUAUUAAUAUAAAAAAAGCCUAUGUUUUAGUUCAGUGGUUCCCAAAUUUUAUUGUUCAUAUAUCACCAGAAUGUUUAUGUUGAUGGACCACAGUGAGAUCUAUACAAUGCUGCUGCUUUUCUGUAAUUAUACAACCUUUCCACAGAUCACAGAUUGAGAACAACUGCCUCAGUACUUUCUAAUACAUGAACUGUGUAAUGUAGAAAAGAUAAAAGUGAUAUGUAUAAAGAUACAUUUUUUAUCUGUGCAUGACAGACUCUUCUGGUGUUUGUUUUUUGUUAUUUCAGAUUUAUUACUAAUAACUUGCUAAGUUUUCUGAAUAGUUUAAGCUUUAUAAAAGCAGUGCACAUUUAUUUUAAGAGAGCAAGCUUCUUAAUUCAUUGGUAGAUUGAUUAAUAGUGUAUGUGUGCUACAUUGCUUUUUUUUUUUUCAUUAAAAUAUAUGUAGUUAUAGACUGGUUCUGUUUUGAUAAACACAUAUGAUUUUGAUA